GUUAGCCGAUUCAGAAGUAAAUCAAUCUUUCUUACACCACACUCUCUUUUCUCUCUUACCUUUUUCCUCUCCUCUCCAUUUUUUUUCAUAAAAAUUUAAAGAAAAAACUCCAUUUUUGCAUUUUGCUAAUUUUUGGUGAAUUUUGAACGUUUAGAGAGGAUAAAGAGAGGGCCUUUCAAGCCCCUCUUUCUAUAUAUGCCUCUCUAAUCGAUCUUGAAUUACACCCAUUUCUCUUCUUAGCCUUUAUCUAUUGAAUGGAAAUGGAUCCUGGUAAAUUGUUCGUUGGUGGAAUUUCUUGGGACACUAACGAAGAUCGUCUCAAAGAAUAUUUCCAAGCUUUUGGUGAUGUGGUUGAGGCUGUGAUCAUGAAAGAUCGAAUCACUGGUCGUGCUCGUGGUUUUGGUUUUGUUGUUUUUGCAGACCCUUCUGUUGCUGAAAGAGUUGUUAAGGAAAAACACAUAAUUGAUGGUAGAACUGUAGAGGCAAAGAAGGCUGUUCCGAGAGAUGAUCAACACAUUACCAGAAACAAUGGUAGUACACAGGGCUCUCCAGGUCCCUCUCGCACUAAAAAGAUUUUUGUUGGAGGUUUAGCAUCCUCAGUCACCGAGAGUGACUUCAAGAGUUACUUUGAUCAAUUUGGGACAAUCACCGAUGUGGUUGUGAUGUAUGAUCACAACACACAAAGGCCUAGAGGCUUUGGAUUCAUCACCUUUGACUCGGAGGAGGCAGUUGAUAAAGUUCUGUACAAAACGUUUCACGAACUUAACAGUAAAAUGGUUGAGGUUAAGCGUGCAGUACCCAAAGAGCUAUCGCCUAGUCCAGCUCGAAGCCCAUUUAAUGGACAGAACUAUGGUCUUAACAGGGUUAACAAUUUGCUUAACGCAUAUACCCAAGGUUACUUUCCAAGCUCGAUUGGAAAUUAUGGAAUGAGAAUGGAAGGUAGAUACACUCCUCUUACUGCUGGUCGGAAUGGAUAUUCUUCCUUCAGUCCUGCUGAAUUAAGCAUGCCAACAGGCUUAGACUCCACAUUGAAUCCAAACUACGGUGGAAGUGGAACCUUUGGUUCUAAUUAUGGACGCGGAAUCAGUUCCUUUUACAAUGGGAAUUCAAACAGGUACAGUAGUCCGAUCGGGUUUUCCCCUGGAAGGGUUGGAAGCGGUUCUAUGUUGAAUUCAGUAGGAUGGAACCCGUGGGACAAUGAGAGUCUUAAUUACGGAACAAGUUCUGCCAACUCUACUGAUUUUGCUGGCUCCGUAAGUGGGGUUGCAGGAUAUGGUGCUUUGGGUGGACUCGGAACAAUUUGGGGUUCCUCUUCAAUAUCGGGUCAAGGUGGAGGAAAUGGCUCUUUUGGAAGUGGCAGCAUUGCUAACAGUACCGAAGCAGUUGGUGCAGGUUAUGUACGAAACUCGGGAAACAAUGCUGUCAAUACAUCACCUUAUGCUCCAUCAAAAGACGCUAAUGGUGGAGCUUUCGGGAACUUGUAUGGUAAUGUAGGCUCUUCGUUCUAUGAGGACUCAGCCUGGCGUUCAACAUCUCCAGAACUAGAUGACUCUGCGUCCUUUGGUUAUGGACUUGGCAACACGGAUUCACUCGGUUAUGUUGGUGGUUGUAGUGUUGCAAAUAGGUCGAAUAAAGGAAUUGCUGCCUAGGAAGAUUAUCGUAUGGAAGUUUGGACAUAAAAAUGCUUAAUAUAGUUGGAAAAUACAUGGUGAGCCAACGUCGUGGAUGUGGAUUAAAUACUUUCAGUCUAGAGGUACAUUCACUUAGAGCUAAUUCAGUACCUGCUACAGAAACAACUUCUCUCAACUCUCAAUCAACGUUUCUCGUGUAAGGUUUGAACGUAGAUUCUUUAGUAUAGAGGUUUUCAUUUUUUUUUUUUUUACUUGUCCCCCUUGCAUUUCGUUGAGAUGUAAAAUUGGAUAGCGGAAUAUACUUACGAGAGAUAAAUUGUACCAUUGCAUUAUUAUUAUCUGAUGAAAAACAAUCUGAGACCAUCCUUCAUCGGA